CAAGGAACCGGCAUAUCCGUUCUUCUUACUGGGAGAGUCUAACCCUCGGCCUCAUUACUCGGUUUGGCACUUAUUGGUCUUCGCUUUAUGAUACCCUCUAUACCACAACACAAACGCGUAACGAGAGUCCUCUCGACGAACACUCCGCAGGCCGGACGUCAACGCUGGAUUCCCAUCACCUUACCUCACUGGACUCCUCCUAUUCCAAGAACUCUCGCAACCUUCAGUGCUGCAAACACGACAUCUUGAGCUCGAAAGCCUCACCGCGAGUCCGGUCUCUCAUCCACCCCUCCACACCUUCAAAAUCACUCCUCCAACCCAGCCACAAUGAUCUCCCUCGCCUCCCUCUUCCUCCUCAUCAAACUCAUCAUGAUCACCGUCGUCGGCCUCUACUUUGCCGAAAAAUGCGGCUACACCUCCUCCGAGCCCUCGCACCAGGCCUUCGUCCCCCGGAAACAACUGCGGCCCCACCUCCCACCCUACGCGACUGGUAGAAGUCGCCUCGACAACAUGCACACGGCUCCAACAGCCCCAUUCCCACUCGUCAGCGAGAGACCUAGCUCGCGAUCUGGCCUGCAGAGCCAGGAAUUGCAGCGUGCGGUUCAGGAAGCGGUGGCGAGGAGGACGGGGUCGCCUGUCAGGACGCGGAGUCGGAGUAGUACGGCUAGUAGUGCGAGUGCGCAGUCGAGGGGUUCGGAGGGCCGGACGAGGAGUCCGUUGAAGAUGAGUAGUAGUGUGUCGAAGAGUAAGAGUAAGAGUCGGAGUAGGGAGAGGGAAGAGGGGAAGGAGGAGAGCAAGGAAAGGAGAAGGGGGGUGUUGCGCAGGGGUCGGUCGGGUUCGAGUGGUUCGAGUGGGUCGAGGGGGUGAGAGUCGGAGUCAUGAGUUGCGGUUGUGAGUUGUUCAUGGUGGAGAGGAAUCGUUGCGCUUUUGUUUGAGGCGAGGCAUGGUGGUUGUAUUGUAUGUCAGCGUGAUCAUGAGUUAUGAACUUGUAUGGAGGUAAAAUAUUAGGCGUUAGAUACUCCAAGCAAUUGCUACGUCCCUGCCUUAUAUCUCUUAUUCUUUCGUCAACACCUCGCGACCUUGGAUCCUUCUCAUAGCCGUUCGAUUGAGAGGUAAGGGGAAGCUUACACAACUUUGUCGUUUCUCAGUAGAAACUAACGUUG